CAAAGAUCCACGUCGACCAUCGCUGCCCGUCAACAGACAGUGGUCGCAACCAUGCUUGCAUUAUUCGUAAUGACGGCCCUCUUGGGGGUAUCAUCCUUUGCGUGUGGAAUUUUACCGUUAUCCUUUACAUUUUCAAGGAGCCAUUUGCUUCGUCUUACAUUGAUUGGGACCGGCCUACUUCUUGGAACUGCUUUAGGAGUGAUCAUACCAGAAGGAAUAGAAGCUCUUGUAAAGGCCCAGAUUGAUCCUGAGCUGUUAUCGUCCCGUGUGGCCCUCUCAUUACUCUUUGGGUUCACUGCUAUGCUCAUAGUGGAACAAUUCGUCUCCCCACAUUCACAUUCUUCGUCGGACGUUCCAGCUAUACCUCUACAUAAUCACGAAACUUUAAGCGUUGAAUUCGACGCUGAACUAGGGGACCUGGGGGCCCGAGAGGUCCCUGCUCGGCCUGGCUAUGUCCAAGUUGAUGGCGAUCCUCGAAGUGUUGUUACCAAUGAGGCAAAAGCACGGGCAUAUCCAUUGACAUUUGGACUAGUAAUUCACAGUCUAGCAGAUGGGCUUGCUUUAGGCGUCUCUCUGUUUCCCAGCAAUGGAGACGAUUCUUCCCGUCUUUCGUUCAUCGUUUUUCUUGCCAUCAUGGUUCACAAAGCGCCUACCUCUUUGGCUUUGACGACUUCGCUACUGGCCACAUCGCUUCCUCGCCCUGAGUGUAAGAAGCACCUUGCCGUUUUCAGCGCUACAACGCCGGUGGCCACAUUUGCUACUUACGCGUUCUUGUCUUUCUUUGGUGCCGGAGAUCACGCAGACUGGACAGGCCUUGCGUUACUCAUUUCUGGUGGUACUUUUUUAUAUGUCGCCACUGUUCUUCAACCAGUGUCAGGUCGCUCCGGUUCCGAGAAUGCAUCAGAAAUCCACAAGGUCAUGCGGGUUAUUCUUAUAAUAUUUGGCAUUUUGGUGCCAUUCACUCUCAGUUCUCUGUUAGGCCACGGCCAUUAAGUCGCGGGCAUUUCGGGGUUCUCGUUGUGCAUGUGCUCAGAAUACCAGGGCGUGACGAGAAGUGUUCAAGACGUGAUUGCUAUACUGUGGGUAUGUGAAUAAAGGCUACAAUAAUGCUACAGGUUCUACGAAUUUCCAUACG